AUGUUGCCACUUGUUUCGGGGAAUCAAAAGACCUCAGGUAGGAAGGACCAAAAAGUUCCCCCAGAGGUGAUCCAACAAAAAAUUAAAGGGCCCGAGUCAUCUAAGAGCCUGGACUUGUCUUCCUCAAGGACUGCAAGUGAAGGGAAGGUGAGUAAGGCUGGUGCUAGCUUGGGGAACAAUGUGGUUGAUCCCUCCUUGCUGCGAGGAGGUGGUCACACUCCGGGUAGGAAGCAGGUGAAGCAGGAAACUGAUAAGGGCAAAGCAGUAACUGUUAAACCAGGAAACCAGCAGAAAAAGAAAACUCCAGGGACCCGCAAGGACAAGAAGGAUCCUGCGAAGGGCUCUGUGAGUACUUUGAACCCCCCAGAAAGUGGGACUCUCAAUCCCAGGAUGAUUGUCUUCGACUCCUGUCCAGGGAAGGAGAAGGAUGUUCCAGAAAAUGCACACCAGGUACUUCCUGCUGUUGGAACGGAUGCGCCAGGAAGUGUUGUGACGGCUAUGGCCGUUGACACCUGA